AUGGGGAUCCCUGACCCCUUCAUCUCCAACCCCAUCAAUCUAUGCGAAUCCGAAUCCUGUAUUCCAGAUCAAACACGCUUCCACCGUAGCGCACUCAAGCCGGUGUGCGAGAAAUUGACAGUGAUGCAACCCAGGGUGCUAGUCCUACUCCUCGACACCUUGGCAACCUCCUUCUCCUGCGUGAUGCAGCCCCUCCCACCCAGUCCCUAUCCAUCAGGCGACCCUCUGCUUCCUCAUCAUCUACCGACCGCGCUUGGGGUCUCGCCAAACCCUGCCCGUGUCGCUGCAUGCUAUGAUACUUGCACCAGAUCAUCCUUCCCAAGGCCCGCCAUUCGCAAUGGCCUUGGCCCAAAUGUCCACUUCUUCAGCCGCGUCGAGAGCCGUGCCUGGGAUUUCAAUAUUCCGAAUCGCAUCGCGCUGGGCUGCGGAGCCUACUUGUCCCAAAGCAUAAUCGCAAAGACGAGGGCGGGGGGGCGGCCAGGUAUUUCUUGUGGCGCACGCCAGCAUCUGUGGAAACUCCACCUUUUGGUGAUCCCGUUGAUCGUCUUGGGUCGUUCAUUGCCUAAUGGAGAGCACGCCAGUCCGUCGCACCCGCUACGCCAGACGCCAACAAAGCCAUCCGUCUGGGCCGUGCUUUUGCAAUCGAUGAUGUACACAGGGAAGGGCCGUUGUCGUCUGCCAUCUUCCCUCUCUUGUAAUGUUGGUGAGCCAUGGUGUGUACAGGAUGUAGGCAACAAACUUCCCGCCCCCCUCGCCUGCCACGUCAACAUUCCAGAAUGCUUAACCCUCGCGACCCACUCACGAGGCUCGACUGUGCGCGCGCUUGGCCGCUCCCCCGGCUCCAAGGCAACGCCAGCCGCAUGUAGAAUCAGAUAA